GAGCGAGAGCGGAAAGCAAGCAGAAAAACUGACAGUCAACAGGGAAGCGGGCGAGCGACACGCCGGAAGAAGCAACAGCGAGCAGCGAACUCGUCGGAACCGACACAACACCGACGGCAGGGGCGGGGAGGACGACGACUAGGACGCAGACGACGUUGACGAGGGGCGGAGGAGGAGGAAGAGACACCUGCACCGUGACAAGCUCUCCUCUCCCCCGCCGCGCCUCCCUUCGGAACCCCCCACCCCACCCACCCCUCAUUCCUCUCCCUCGGCCGCCUCCACCACCAGCACCUCCACCUCCUCCUCAGCUUCCUCGUUAAGAUGGCUGACCCCGGCAGCGACGGAGAGGUGGCGGAGGGCGCGCGAGGCUUCGCCCGCCAGGGCGCCCUCCGCCAGAAGAACGUCCACGAGGUGAAGAACCACAAGUUCAUAGCGCGGUUCUUCAAGCAGCCCACCUUCUGCAGCCACUGCACCGACUUUAUAUGGGGCUUCGGCAAGCAGGGAUUCCAGUGCCAAGUGUGUUGUUUUGUGGUCCACAAGCGCUGUCAUGAAUUUGUCACCUUUUCCUGUCCGGGUGCCGACAAAGGGCCCUCCUCCGACCAGGAUCCUCGUAGUAAACACAAAUUCAAGGUGCACACGUACUCCAGCCCGACCUUCUGUGACCACUGUGGCUCCCUCCUCUACGGCCUGAUACACCAGGGCAUGAAAUGCGACCAUUGCAUGCUUAACAUCCACAAGCGCUGCGUGGCUAACGUGCCUAGCUUGUGCGGGACGGAUCACACCGAGAGGAGAGGCCGCAUACAGAUCUCAGCUCGGAUCGCCGAGGACACGCUGACCGUCACCAUCAAAGAGGCCAAGAAUUUGGUCCCAAUGGAUCCCAACGGCUUGUCGGACCCUUACGUAAAACUCAAGCUGAUCCCUGACCCAAAGAGUGAAAGCAAACAAAAGACCAAGACCAUGAAAUGCUGUCUAAACCCAACCUGGAACGAGACUUUCACUUUCCACCUGAAAGAAAGUGACAAGGAUCGUCGUCUUUCUGUGGAAAUCUGGGAUUGGGACUUAACCAGCAGGAACGAUUUCAUGGGUUCUCUGUCCUUUGGGAUCUCAGAGCUGCAGAAACAAGGGAUAGAUGGAUGGUUUAAGCUUCUGUCCCAGGAGGAAGGAGAGUAUUUUAAUGUUCCCGUCCAGCCAGAUGGUGAAGAUGGCAAUGAGGAGCUUCGACAAAAGUUUGAAAGAGCAAAAGUGGGCCCGGGGAAACCAUCUGAUUCCUCUUCCUCGUCUUCUGUCAGCAAAUACGACAGCAACGGCAACCAGGACCGUAUCAAGCUUUCUGACUUUAACUUCAUCAUGGUUCUGGGAAAGGGCAGCUUUGGCAAGGUGAUGCUGGCUGAGAGGAAAGGUACCGACGAGUUGUACGCUGUGAAAAUCUUGAAGAAAGACGUGGUGAUCCAGGACGACGAUGUGGAGUGCACCAUGGUGGAGAAGCGGGUCCUUGCACUUUCGGGGAAACCCCCUUUCCUAACACAGCUGCAUUCCUGCUUCCAAACUACGGACCGACUGUAUUUUGUGAUGGAGUACAUUAACGGAGGGGACCUGAUGUAUCAAAUCCAACAGGUCGGGAAGUUUAAGGAACCUCAUGCAGUGUUCUAUGCAGCCGAGAUCGCCACUGGCCUCUUCUUCCUCCACUCCAAAGGGAUUGUGUAUCGGGAUCUGAAGCUGGACAAUGUGAUGCUAGACUCGGAAGGCCACAUAAAAAUUGCCGACUUUGGCAUGUGCAAAGAGAAUAUGUUGGACGGCGUUACCACCAAGACAUUUUGUGGGACACCAGAUUACAUUGCACCUGAGAUCAUAGCCUACCAGCCUUAUGGGAAGUCUGUAGACUGGUGGGCCUUUGGAGUACUGCUAUAUGAAAUGCUUGCAGGGCAGCCGCCUUUUGACGGCGAGGAUGAAGACGAGUUGUUCCAGUCCAUCAUGGAGCAUCACGUCUCGUACCCGAAAUCAAUGUCCAAAGAAGCUGUCGCCAUCUGCAAGGGGCUUAUGACCAAACACCCGGGCAAGCGUCUUGGCUGCGGUCCCGAGGGCGAGCGGGACAUCAAGGAGCACGCCUUCUUCCGCUACAUCGACUGGGAAAAACUGGAGAACAAAGAGGUCCAGCCGCCAUUCAAGCCUAAAUCUAAAUCCCGCCGCGACGUGGGCAACUUCGACAAGGAGUUCACCAAGAUGGCUGUGGAACUGACGCCGACGGACAAACUCUUCAUCAUGAAUCUGGACCAGAACGAAUUCCAAGGCUUCUCCUUCACCAACCCCGAGUUUGUUAUACAAAUCUAAAGAAGUUCUAGAAAAAGAAAACACCAAAACCUGAACAGACCUGUAGUGUCUUUCCAUCAAGACCCAUCUCGUCACGUCACGUGGUCUCGUAAAGUGGACUGCACAUCCACCAACGAACAAUGUCUAUUGACCGGCAGGCAACAGGCACGUUUGUUGUUUAUUUCCUUCUCGUCAAAGUCGGGUCAUGAACAUUCCAUGAUCAAUAAGUCAUGUAUGUAUGUGGUCACACACAUAUGCAAGCAUGCACGUGUCUGUAAGGGGUGGGUGGUCCGGAUUAGGUAGUCCUGAACUAGCACGUCUUGUCUUCCAAAUGAGUCUUUUUCGUGAUGUCGGGCAGUCAUGAGCUCUUACAAAAAAAAAAAAACUUUAAGCUUGAUUUGCACUUAGAUGGCUUUCUACUGGCUACACAUAUUCAAAACAAACAAUUAACCUUUUGGCUGCUUUUGAUGCCGAUAGUCUGUUCAAAUGGUUUGGAAGUCUAUUGCUGUCAACUGCAGUGAAAUAUGUUUAAAUGAAACACUGUAAAGCAGUGGUUCUUAAACCUUUUCUUUCACCCCCCAAAGUACAUACUUGGGAUGUCCCGAUGGCAUAUUUUUGCACCGGAGUCAGAGUUAAAAUGUUAAAAAAAAAGAACAACAAAACAUUUUUCAAGGGCAUAAGAGGAUACUCGCCGUUAGCAUGAGCUUAAUGCUAACACGAAUGCUAUGCUAAUGCUACAAGUUACAUUUAGUGUGUGAUAAUCACUCACUGGUGAGUUGGGGGUGCGCAGCGAAUGCUAUGCUAACGCUACAAGUUACAUUUAGUGUGUGAUAAUGACUCGCUGUUGAGUUGGGGGGGGGCACAACACGUCACAUGAGUGACACAACCAGACACUGCUACAAUGCAGGCUAACUACACAUAAUCGUCAUACAUUGUGAACACGUGACGGAAACUAUUGCGCAUUUUCGUCUCGAUCUCGUCUCGUCAGACGAAAACUGGCAUCCGUCUCGUAAUGUUUUAGUCUCUCAAAACAGGUUUUUAGCUCGUUAUCGUCAUGAAAAAGUUCUUUUUCGGAAUAUUUUCAUUAUCGUCAUCGUUGACGAAAACAGUGGCUUCUAGAUUCAUUUUAAAGGCAACAUGCGUAUUGGCCCAAAACUGACAUUGAUAUAUUUUAAAAUGCUCUUUAUCGGCCGAAAUAGUAUCGGUCAACGCGAAAGAUUUUUUUUUUUUAAGUUCAACCUUAAAAACUGAACACUUGUAACAAAACGCUAACCACGGAGGAUAUUUUAAUAGUAAAAAAAAAAACUUUUCUUUACAUUCCGUAAUUGUUGAGUGUGUUUAAAAAAACAAAUUAGCCUCGCUAAAAUGGUAAAUGUUUUACUUAACUCUUGACUUUUCCUCUUUGGGUCGCGAGUGUUCCUUUAUCUACCCCAGUUUAAGGUAAUACUGUGCUGCUGUUGGUUUAACACAUCAAAACAAUAAGGCUCGGUUCAUACUGCAGGUCUUAAUACACAAAUCCGAUUUUUUCGUGUUUUUUCCGACACGAGUGAGGCAUUAACUUGAUGACAAGUCGCAUAUAAGUGAACCAUUUCAAAUCCGAUUUCCGUGACUUUCGUAUGUGGUUUAAAUCCGAUUUGGGCCACAUUUUCCAAGAAUGUGGCGGCAGUCUGAACUGUCAAGUCUCCCAAAUUGGAAUUCAUGCAGCAAUCACGUCAGCAAAGAGCGAGAGCGGCAAGACAGCAGCGAUGUAGCUGUUCAUUUGCGUUAGCGCCUAGCUUUUACUCUGCUUUUACUACGCAGGAGGCGGGCUUGACCACAGUCCUAAAAAAAUACAAUGAAGAAAAGGGUAAGCCUGAUAAUGCUUGGUUUUCUUUCUGCGUGCCAAAUGAGCAAUAUUUCAGUAUUGUUUGCAUGGCCGAGUCAGGGCAAACUGACGCACACACAAAAAAAGGCUUAUAUGUGUGUGUUCUAUCAAUCCAUAUAAACUUUGAAUAAUAGAUUAAACAGGGAUUAUUAACGUCUGCUACAGGGUUUCCCUUACAUACAAGAUAUUGUGGCGGCACGCCACACUAAAAUAAAAGCCGCCACCCCUUGCAAAUGAGAAUUUUGUAUUUUCUUUAUAUUAUUAUUAUUUUUAAAAAUGUAAAGCCGUUUCAAACUAGCAGCAGCCGAGUGUGAAGGGUUCAGCGGCAACGUAUUAUUGUGUAUUGCAAUGGCCAUAAUUAUGCGAGGUCCCCUUAAAAGACCAGCUGUGACGUACAAGGAAGCGAGAAGGAGAAGGGGCGAGCUAGCGAGAGAUAGCGGUCCCACAUCGCUGCAGCACGUUGCGGCAGCCCGCUGUUAUUUUGUAAUUGUUUUUCUUUAUUAUUGUUACCACAAUAAAGUGGGUGAGCCAAUACAGAAUUCUCACCUUCUUCCCCAUAUCUGGGGCAUUACUGUAGUUUGGAUUGGACAUUUCGGCGAAAGUGAGCGGUGGACGUCCGUCUUUGACGGAAGGCCAAGUUUGAAUGAAUUUGCGCCGAGAGCCUUUCUAGAUUCCCAGAGCGCCGCUGCGCUAACUUCGACAACGGGGGGCAGUCGUACUUAAUCUGUGCUAUCCGGCUGUCUCGGCCGACGCAAUCACGGCUGACGACACUGUGAUAAAUGCGUUUUUUUCAAGUUUUGCGAGCUCUGGGACACUCCAAAAAUGACUGUCAUGCCUCUCCUUGCUAGGUUAAUGGUACCUCGAUGUGCGUUUGCAUGUAAAUGUAGUUCACGAACAACAACAACAACGAAAAACUAUUCACCUUCUCACCAUAACUAGUAAAACUCUUUACACGGCUAUUAGAAUUUGCCCCUACUCCUAGAAAUGGGACCUUUGACCGAAGGACCAUUUUUGUUGUGGUAAUGUAGCACGUGUUAGGGCUGAAUAUAUGGAAAAAGGACCACAACGGGGGUCUGCAACCCGCGGCUCUUUAGCGCUGCCCUAGUGGGUCCCUGGAGCUUUUUCAAAGAUUUGUGAGAAUAGAAAAAGAUGGACGAAAAUAUAUAUAUUUUUAAUAGCGUUUCUGUAGGCGAACAAACAUGACACAAACAUUCUUUAAUUAAGGCAAACUUCAGGUGGCAUCGUACAAUAGAGUAGUCAAAUGGUGUGGCAAUUUCUAUUGGAUCCACUGCAGGGGAAAUAAACAUUUAAUCAUGAAGGCUAAGUAUGUAUUUUAAGCCAACUUAGUCAUUUUGAUAGGAGGCUAAUAUCGAUACAUACAGCCGGUGUUGCUUUCAUUAUAAGGCUUAUACAAGGCAAAUUUUUUUGCGGCUUCAGAUAUACUGUAUAAAUUUGUCUUUUAUGGUCAAAUACAGCUCUUUCAACAUUUUGUGUUGCUGACCCCUGGGUCACUACGAGAUGUAAGUCGUACUAUUGCUACGAGAAAAAAAGUAUGAUUACAUAGGGUAACGUAGCUGUAAUCAGCUACGCAUUUUACGUAGAUGUACCGUAGCUGAGAGCUACAACAUUAGCUUGAAUGAUAUAUUUGAAACAUAUCUUUGUUAUGGUUCUUCUUGGGGGGCAAAAACACGGGAAUUUUUUUUUUUUGCCGUGGCACGACAUAGUGAGGCUAUUUGACUCCGAUGCAGCCCACCACCACAGCUUCAAAAAAAUCCUAGGGGAAACCCUGUGCUAUUUGUGUCCUCAUUUUGGAAACCAAAAUAUGAGUCAGGAUUAGCGAUCAAAUAGCAUAGAAUAGGAUGCCAGCAUACUUGCUUAGCCUAGACGGGGAAAAAUGACACACACUCGUAAGGCUUAUGUGUGUGCGUCAUGCACACACUGUGCGUAGUUAUUUGUUUUGAUGCUUCUGCGCAUGCUGGUCAGUUUGUUCAGAGCGUUUGCACAUGCGUAAUAUUUGAACGGGUUCAAUGGACAAAGUCUGAACGGGCAUGCCGAAAAAAACAUGACAAAAAAUCGGAAUUAUGCAUUUUGACUGUCAGUAUGAACCUAGCCUAAGUUAUUCAUUAAAUACACACUUUUUCAACUUGUCGAAUAAGUGUUUAACUCAUUGGCUGUCAAAGACGUCAAAUCCAUUUUGACACUUAUUGGAGAGCUAAUCUUUUCUGAAGUAGUUAAUCCACUCUGGUCAAACGUACAGUAUUUGAACACUGCUUUACAGUAAUUCUCUCUGGUGCCAUGUACGCACUCACCUCUAGUGCUCUACUGUCUUUGUGGUCCAGCUCCUCCUAUGCAUGCCAUUAUGAUCCUGUUGAUUUAUUUUUUCACAUUUUGGACACGGCAGACUAGAAUCAGUGACAAAGAGAUCGUGUUCAAUGAAGACUUAAAAGUAGCUGUACUUCUUAUGUAUAUGUUUCAGUGUAUGUGUAAAUAGGAAUGAAUUCCAGUGAGUUGUUCCCACAAUCAUCUCUUUUCAUGCCACUGAGCAAUACUGGCUUCUAUUAUAAUUAUGAGUGCUCCAUGCAAAGCUUUUGGAUUUCCGAGUGUGAAUUGGAUUUUUUUUUUUUAAUCAACUGGGCAAUGAUUACAAAUUUUAAUCACGAUUAAUAGCAUUAGAUAACUGCACAUUGUCACACACAUUAACCAAUAAUAAAUUCUAAAGCCGUAUAUAGCACUUUUGUUUUAUAUGUGCUACCAAUUUUUUGAAUGAUGUUGCUAGUGUGGCUAAGAACUUCAGCCUGCAUGUUUGGCCAACCACUAUUAAUGCAGGGUUCUGUUCUGAAUUGAGUUUCACUCUUCUAAAUUGAAUCUGUGCAGAUUACAGACUCAUAUGAGUGCGUGAAGAGGUUUAAUUUAUUCUUUGGUGGCUCUGAUGUUAAUGCGCCAUGAAAAUGAUUAACCGCGUUAAUGAAUUUGUGAGUUCAAUGUUCAAAUUUGCUGAAAUUCAAACUGUAAUAUUCUUGUGUGAAUGAAUCAACUUUUAAAGGAUUAAAUUGCCUCAAUUCUCACUACUGUUUGCCCAAAACUGAUUUAAAAAAUUGGUCAAUAUAGUUUGAAAUUAAUCAUUUUAAACUUGAAAUCUGACAACCUUUAAGCAAAUUCACCCAAAAUAGAAGCAAGUAUUCCAAAUUUUAGUAUGUUCAAGGGAGGCGAGGGCUCGUUUGUCACUGCUUUAAUUGUUUUGGAAUCACUAUUGGUCGUCUUUUACUCCCAAAUAAUGACGAUUCUGAAUAGAGGAAGAAAAAAAGAAGGAAAUAUUCAUGUCUACUAUGCAAAAGGCAAGCAAAAGAAGUGGAAUUUAGUGACUUUUAUAUAAACUGAAAUGUGUAACAAUUACUACUCUCAUGUUGCAUGCACCGUCAUUACCUGCGCGUGAGGCAUCAACAUUAAAGUAUGAAUAGUUGACUGACUCUGAUUCUUGUGUUGUUUCUUAACCCAUUAGCAGAGAUGGGUAGUAACAGGUUACAUUUACUUGAGUAACUUUUUCAGAGCUCGGAGUACUUUUAUCACACCAUAAUUUCUACUAUGUACAUUUGCAAAGAAGAAACGCAACUUUUACUCCACCACUUUGGGCUUGACAAGCGUCGUUACAUUAUCCCCCUUUAUUGUACAUACCAUAUUUAAAUUUAUUUUUGCCAGCGAUGCCCACAGUGGCUCUACCAUGACCACACACAAGCUUGCAGUCAGAAGUCCUAGGAUCACGCCGGCUUGUUUGAUGAUGAUAAAAAAAAAAAAAAAAAAAAAAAAAUUCUACAAAGAGCGCUGCAUCAAUACAUCAAAACUACUCGAAAACGAUAUCAACCUCUUUCAGAGGUUUUAUUUGCCACUGAUACAGUGGGGCAAAUAAGUAUUUAGUCAACCCCCGAUUGUGCAAGUUCUCCUUCUUGAUACGAUUAGAGAGGCCUGUAAUUGUCAACAUGGGUAAACCUCAACCAUGAGAGACAGAAUGUGGAAGAAAAAAAAAAAAAACAGAAAAUCACAUUGUUUGAUUUUUAAAGAAUUUAUUUGCAAAUUAGAGUAUUUGGUCACCUACAAACAAGCAAGAUUUUUGGCUGUCAAAGAGGUCUAACUUCUUCUAACAAGGCUCCACUCGUUACCUGUAUUAAUGGCACCUGUUUUAACUCAUUAUCGGUAUACAAGACACCUGUCCACAACCUCAGUCAGUCACACUCCAAACUCCACUAUGGCCAAGACCAAAGAGCUGUCGAAGGACACCAGAGAAAAAACUUGUAGCCCUGCACCAGCCUGGGAAGACUGAAUCUGCACUGCCAGACGUGUCCCCCUCCUGAAGACAGUACACGUCCAGGCCCGUCUGCGGUUUGCUAGAGAGCAUUUGGAUGAUCCAAAAGAGGACUGGGAGAAUUAUGUUAUGGUCAGAUGAAACCAAAAUAGAACUUUUUGGUAGAAACACAGGUUCUCGCGUUUGGAGGAGAAAGAACUCUGAAUUGCAUCUGAAGAACACCAUACCCCCUGUGAAGCAUGGGGGUGGAAACAUCAUGCUUUGAGGCUGUUUUUCUGCAAAGGGACCAGGACAACUAAUCGGUGUAAAAGAAAGAAUGAAUGGGGCCAUGUAUCGAGAGAUUUUAAGUGAAAAUCUCCUUCCAUCAGCAAGGACAUUGAAGAUGAGACGUGGCUAGGUCUUUUAGCAUGACAAUGAUCCCAAACACACAGCCAGGGCAACAAAGGAGUGGCUUCGUAAGAAGCAUUUCAAGGUCCUGGAGUGGCCUAGCCAAUCUCCAGAUUUCAACCCCAUAGAAAAUCUGUGGAGGGAGUUGAAAGUCCGUGUUGCCCAACGACAGCCCCAUAACAUCACUGCUCUAGAGGUGAUCUCCAUGGAGGAAUGGGCCAAAAUACCAGCAGCAGUGUGUGAAAAGCUUGUGAAGAGUUACAGAAAACGUUUGGCUUCCGUUAUUGCCAACAAAGGGUGCAUAACAAAGUAUUGGGAUGAACUUUUGGUAUUGACCAAAUACUUAUUUUCCACCAUGAUUUGCA